CUCCCUUCCUUCAGUGUUGUAAUGCCUCCAUGCACGCGCGGAGAAAAGACCGCAUCAUUUGUUGUUCGAUCGCGCAAGAAGAUGAAGUCCGGUGGCCUGGUGCCUUCAUCGCUUAGUCCUCACAUGUCGCCGCUGUAGAUGUGCCUCCACGAUGUGCUCGUGGUAUAAAGUCUGCCCAUCAUGAACUGUAAACUGCAGUUUUCAUUCUCCAACUAUCUACCCCGAGUAUUCACACACUCACACACCAUACAAUAUGUCGACCUUCUUCCCCCCCUCGCAGAUGAUUGCCCCCGGCGAGAUAUCUUUUGCCUCAGACCGUGCAAUCAAAGACUUCCAAGCUAUUAGUCAGCACUUGGAUUACUUCAAAGCUCAUGUCGAAAGUGUGAAGCUCGAUGACGGACAAGUCCUCUACACGCACCGGAUGGUGACUAAGGCUGACAAGGGCAUCAUAAACAAGAAAGUCAGGAUCAGCCUUGUUGAGGCCGACAUCACCGUCAACACGUCCUCCCGCAGUCUGGCGUUUCAUGUUUUUAUCGAUGCCCCUAUCAUUGGACACAUCCUCCUCGUGUCGGCCAUAAUUCCUCUCAAGGUCGACGACCACGUGAAACUUGAUUUCGAUGGAGCGGCCAAAAGCCUUGCGUCUGGAUACGCGAGCGUCACAAUUGAUGCAAACAACGACGUUAUCCUGACCUGGGACUUCGUGGCUCUCAAAGUGGAGUCAAAGGGUUCCCACAUCAUCCUCCACAUCUAAACUUCGAGAUCUGGCAUGUAACCUGUGGAAUCUCAAAGAAGGUUCCUUGUUGAAAAAGCCUGAUGGGUGUGAAGGAUGCAAUUUCGCAGUAGCGCUGUUUUGAAUUUAUGCACGCUGAAUUGACUUUAUUCGGUACUCUAACGUUUAAUUUCGACAAUAGUGAUAUUAGUUAUCUGGUUAAU